AGCGCGAAUGUCUCAGUAUCGACGCGAGCAGCUCAUACUGCCACAUGAACGCGCCAGUGAUCGCGGCGCGGGUGUUCGCGGGUCCCUCUGUAAUGGAUUUGACUGAUUAGAGGUCAUUUAUGUGUCGUGUAGGCCGCGGCCGUGUGCUUCGCGCCCCGUGAACACGGAACCGGACGUCAGGGACCGGGGGAGAGACAAUGAGAUGCGCUGAACCGCUAUCGGCCCAUCAGACUGAUCGCCGUGACGCGUCUCUUCGCAAUGGAGGACUGGAGCGAGUGUUUGGAUGUGGCCGUGCAGAUCGCGCGCAGAGCCGGACAGGUGGUGGCGUGUGCGGCGCAGCAGGAGAAGCGUGUGAGCAGUAAGAGCACUCCCACAGAUCUGGUGACGGAGACGGAUCAUCAGGUGGAGGAGCUCAUCAUCUCCACGCUCCGACACAGAUUCCCGUCACACAGGUUUAUCGGAGAGGAAUCAUCAGCCGCGGGUGUGAAGUGUGAACUGACCGACAGCCCCACCUGGAUCAUCGACCCCAUCGACGGCACCUGUAACUUUGUGCACAGUUUCCCCAUGGUGGCAGUCAGCAUCGGGUUUGCAGUGAGGAAGGAGCUGGAGUUGGGCGUGAUCUACCACUGCUCCGACGGGACGCUGUACACCGCCAGGAGAGGACACGGAGCCUUCUGCAACGGAGCUCGGCUGCAGGUCUCCAGACAGAAAGAUGUGUCCAAGGCCCUCAUUCUCACAGAGAUCGGGGCCAAGAGAGAUCCUGCAACACUGGACAUCUUCCUGGGAAAUAUGAGGAAGAUGUUGAGCGCACCGACUCACGGGGUGAGGAUCAUUGGCAGCUCAACUCUAGCACUGUGUCACAUCGCCAGCGGGGCGGCAGAGGCGUAUUAUCAGUACGGCCUGCACUGCUGGGACAUCGCCGCGGCCGCGGUCAUCAUCAGAGAGGCGGGAGGAUGCGUCAUCGACACCAGCGGGGGCGCUCUCGACCUCAUGUCCAGACGUGUCGUGGCCGCUGGGACCCGUGAGAUCGCAGACUACAUCGUAAAGCAGCUGCAGCCCAUAAACUACGGCCGUGACGACAGUGACCCAGACGGCCUGGCCUGAGCGCCGCCGUGACCUCUGACCCCAUCCUAAGCCUUUUACCUCAGAACACACAAUCCUGCCACGUUACAUCUGCAGUGUCCUUUUAAUGCUAUAUUCACAAUUUUAAACAUCCUAAAGUCGGCACACGUUCUGGAAAAACACUGUCAUCACUGGAACCACAACAUUUACACUCUCUCAUCCGUGGAAAUAAUCUUAAACACUGGAUUUACAACAAGUUUGCCUUGAAAUUGCAAGGAUGAUGAUGAUGAUGAUGAUGAUGCCAAAUUCUGCUGAUUUUCCUUUCAAAAAUAAGUUUGAUUUUAGAUUACAAAACACAAUGCUUUUGAUCAGAGGAAAGCAGCUGGUUAUGAACGCGUGUGAUCAGAGAGUUUAAUCAUAACACUAUAUUACCGUAGUGAAAUCAGAUCAUUACUCAGGAAUCAUUUUCUCUGCAAACAUGGAAGAAAGUAUGAGCGUUCACUAGGUUUCUAUAUACAAACACUGCUAAAAAUAUCAUUUCUUAAUCAGUAUUUUUAUCUUGCUUUCUUUAAAACUAAGAUAUUAGGCCUUGUUUUAAGAAUAAAUGUGAAUAUGAAUGAUUUUUAUUCAAAAUAUGAAUAAAAAUCAUAUUUUCUUAUUGAACAUUUAUCUUGUUUUAAGCAUUUUUAGAUAUUUUCUUUACUGGAAAACAUGACAAGAAUGAUGUUUUUGGGCAGUUCAGAAAUACAGAGAUCUGGUUGGUUGUUCAUACGCAGUUCGAUCAUGUGACACAGCUGAUAUCAUUAUUUCUCAAUGAAGACAUUAACAAACACACAAAACAGAUCUUGUGACUUUAUGAACACUGCAGUUUUAACCUGUAUUCUUGUGUUUUUCUAAUGCGGAUGAUCUGUAGAUUUAACAGCUGUAUGAACACAUGGAGGUUUGAGUUUUUAUAGUUUCUCCUGCCGUGUUGAUCACUUUAAUCCCUGUGUGAGUCAGGGAAACAUUCCUCUGGUAUGACUAAUUAAAGCGUACACUCGAA